AUGCUGGAUGAUAAACAUUGGGAUGAUGCAUUAGAGGAAGCAAAUGAAACAAAAAAGUCGUGUAGUAUAAGAUCAUUAUUUUCAAUUAUCUUGACUUCAUGUGGACUUUUAUUUAAGCUGAAACUCAUCCUACCGUCUACUUAUUAUCUUAUACUCCAGUCCUACCUAGAAGAUCGUUUCUUCUCGGUACGUUAUGGUUCAUCUAACUCCUCACCAAAACCCAUAAAUGCAGGAGUCCCCCAGGACGCAGUCAAUGCUCCUCUGUUAUUUAAUAUAUUCGUAUCUGAUCAACCCACGCUGCCCACUAGCCUCAUCGCUGACUUUGCCGAUGACAAAGCUAUUUUAACCAAUAGCCAUGAUCCAUCCAUUGCUUCCUCGCAUAUCCAAGAACACCUAUCCCUCCUCGAAAAAUGGUAUAAGGAGUGGGGUGUGAAAAUAAACGAAUCUAAAUCUAUACAAUGUACCUUCACUUUUAGGAAGGGAAUAUGCCCAUCUAUUACCUUAAAUGAGCAAAUCUUGCCAACCGCGCAGAGCACUCGCUAUCUAGGCAUAAUCAUUGAUCAACGCCUCACAUGGUCUCCUCAUCUUCGCAGCAAACUGUUAUCCUUAAACAAUCGAUUUCGUCUUCUCCGCUCUCUCCUAACCUCCAAACACAUAAAACUACCAACCAAGCUUCUAAUAUAUAAACUUUAUCUUAAACCAAUGCGUGGACGUACGGAAUUCAAUUAUGGGGCUCUGCAAAAAUUUCAAACACUAACCGUAUCCAACGCUUCCAAUCCAAAACGCUCCGAGCCAUAA